ACUUUUAUAAAUGGUGCGCUACAGCGUCGUCUCAUCGUAGUUUUUUAUUUCCAGAUUCUGAUUCAUUUCUUUAGUCAUAUUUAAAAAACUACUAAAUAUGAGCCAACUCUUAAAACAGGCCAGGGAGUUAUAUAAGGCCGAAAAGUUUGAGGAGUGUUAUAAACUUACUGGGGAACUGCUAGUUAAUUCACAAGAUUAUGGGACACUCGUUAUUCAUGGAGCCUGUUGCUCUCAAAUUGGGAACGAGAAGGAAGCGAUUGAAUCAUAUUUUUCCGCUCUUUCGAUUGAUUCUACAAACAACAUGGCUUGGAUUGGUCUUUACAAUGAAACAAAGAAAAACCCGGACAAAAAUCAAAGAAUUCUCUUAAGAGUAUGCACAGUACUAGUCGGAAAAUGCUCAAAAUCAGACCCCACUGGAAAAUAUUUAGAGUACGCAAAAACGUUUGUUCAAAUCGUGGUUCAGUUUCGACUACCAUUACCCUUUGAUUUUAAUGAAUUUAAUGAUAUAUGCGAAUUUGUUCUUGAACACGAUCCAGACAAUGUAUAUGCUCUUGAAGCUACUUUUCGUUUACAAAUCGAAUAUUUCUUAUUCUAUGGAUUUCCUGAAUUUAUUGACCAGAGUUUAUGUAAUAAAUUAAAAUUCAAGAAUAUAACGCAACAGUCAAGAGUACCCUUUAUCACUUCAUCAGCUGUGUACCUCAAACGAUUAAAACAAUUUGAACAAAUGUUAGAAACAAUACAACAAUCAACCGAUGUAACUAAAACAACUCAUAUUACACUAUGUUUGAGUCAGUUGUUAUAUCGUUUAUAUACUUAUUUCAUUCCCAAUUAUUCAUCAACCAAUAAUGUGGAUGAUGAUACUACAAAUUCUAGCAAUCAGAAUAAUGAAAAAUGUUCAGAUUUAUGGAAUCUUAUUCAAAGUGAUAUUAACAAACUUGAUUUCAAUGGAGUUGUUGGAUUUGUCAACUGUUCAAAGAAUGGAAUAAUUGAUCUUCAUGCUGGACUUUUGUAUGCAUUGGCGGCGUUUAAGCUGUAUCAAUUCAAGAGUUGUAAUGAGAUCAUUACUACAUUAAUAUCUUUUAUUAAUAGAAAUCUUACACAAUUUUAUUCAGAAUCUAAAAGUCUAUCUGAACCUAUAUCGAAAUUUAUCAAUUAUGCAUCAAAUUCAAAUUUCUCUCAUCGCACAUUAUGUACACCAUUUCGUUUCAAUUUCAACGAACUUGAAGAGAAUAAUUUACCAACAAAAUAUAUUUAUUCAAUAAUUAAGUCUUGGUUACGGAUACUGAAUAUGGCGAAUAUUUGUAAUUCAGAAAUUUCUACAAAAAAUACCCAGGAAAAUAUUGAAGAGAUUUCUUGUCAAUUGGCAGAUACAAAAUUUAUCCUGUCUACUUGGAUAGAUGUUUAUCAAACUUUGUACUUGGAAUACUACCUAAUCGUUAAUAAUUUAGAAGUGGCAUUCAAUAUUCUUGAAAAGUGGAAAAUACAUCAUGGUUGCCAAAUGGAUGAGACAAUCCCAAAUAGUAUUGAUUUAUCUCCACGUUUUCGAAUAUGUCUGAUAUGGUUAAAAGUAUCUAAGCUUAUUUCUACGAAGUUGAUGAAUGAUUCCGAUAAAACAAUGUCACAGCCUAUUGUGAAUGAAUUUUUAGAUUUACUUAAAACAAAUAAUCUUACCAUUCAUUCAGCUCGUUAUCAGUAUUUGAUUGGUUAUGUAAUGAAAAUGUUUUCACAAUCUAUUACAAAUUAUCCUGAAACUAUGGGUGGUGAUCAACAAUUAAAUGCAUUUUCUGUUGGUGUUCAAUUGGAUAAGUGUUAUUAUGCGAAUUAUUUACAAAUAGGUCAUAUACACCGUGAAAUGGAGAGUUUUAAAGAGGCAUUGACGUUCUAUUCUGAAGCCUAUCGUUUGAUGCCUUGUUCGCCAGUUUGCGCUUAUUAUUAUUCAGUGGCAUUGUGUAGGCAAGAAGAAUGGGAAAAAGCUUUGGAUGUGUAUUCAUUUAUUGAUCAUAUUGAUUUCACAAAAGAUAUGUGGCUUAAUUAUGGCUUAAUUAAUUUACGUUUGGGUCGAAUAAACGACUGUUUACCUGCAUUACAACGUGUUGUUUUAGCUAAAAAUGACGCAUUAUAUUGGGAAAUUCUCGGUGAAGCUUACUUAUUUCGUAGAAGUUAUGAAACAGCGGUAAAAGCUUUCAAUCGUGCCUUAGACCUAGAACCGAAUCGACCAUUUACACUAGUUCUAUGUGGAAGAGCUUAUCGUCAUAUGAAUGAUAUUUACUCCUCACUUUGUUGUUUUAAUAAUGCACUAAAAAUGAUUGAAAAUAAUUACAUGAUUGAUCGAUUAUACAGAAAAUUCUAUGUCUUGAUUAUGAAAGAAUUAGUUGAAAUUCAUAUGUUCAAAUGUCAGUCUGGCAUGUAUCAAGGAUUUACUGGUCAAGCGUUGAACGAUUUACAGCAUACUUUAACCUUGUUAAAUAAGUUAUUGAAUUAUUUUGUCGGUUCUAAAGUUGUACCAUUCUGGUUUUUCCGAUAUACAGGUGAUAUUCUUAGCCUAUUGUCUAUGAUUGAUGAUCCUGAACUAUUAAUCGAUGUUCCGACACGUUUAGUUUCUUUAAUGAAUGGUGCUCAGUGUCUAACUGAAUCGAAAGAGCCUACGGAAACGAUUAAAGUCAAUAUCGUCACAUGCCUCCACCUUGGUGGGAUUUAUUUAGCUUGUGCUCUUCGUACAUCUAUCAGUUCAGUUCGGUAUCCAUCACAUUCAUUAGAUCCAAAUGUACUCUCUACCAAUAAGGAUACUGAAUCGAGUACCAAUACUACUACUACUACGGCAACUAAUACAACGGAUCCAUUGAAGUUAUUAUUAAUAAGUUCUAUAUUAGUUAGUUUAGGUAUUAAUCAACUUAAUCAAGGUUAUUAUAUACAACGUAAUAAUAUUUCACAGGAAUCAUUAAUGACAACAAAUCAAUUGGAUCAUAUUAAUAAACCAUUCAAUUUCAUUAUAAUACCAAAUGAAUUAUUUUAUUUAUCUGAAUCAACUUUAAAAAAUGCAUUACAAUUAUUAGAGAAUUUAUCGAAUAUCUAUGAUGAAUUAUUAGAAGAAAUAAUAAAAGAGAAAAGUUUACUUGAACCAGGUACAAUAACAACUGAUGAUGAAAUUGAGGAACAAGAUAUACGUGAUCGUAUUGCUUUAAUUAAAAAACUUCAAUCACGUGCAUGGGCUGCAUUAGCUGGUGUUUAUUCAACAAGUGAUGAAAACUUGGAUUCAGAAAUCACCUAUUGUCUUUGUCAAGCAUUACUUUAUAAUCCUGAUAAUACCACCGUCAUGGUUAAUUUGGCAAUGCAACAAAUGAAACAGGGUCAAACUGAACUUGCAGUUAAUUUGGUAGAACAAGCUAAAGCGAUUGAUCCAGAUAAUUUUAGAGUUUGGCUUGUUUCAGCUCAAUUGACUGCUGUCAUGUCUGGUACUCCGUCGAUUGGUCCUGGUUUAUUAGUCAAUACGGAAGUAUUGAGUCAUUUGAUACAUGCUGCGUAUACAGGUUCAAAUUAUCAAGUAGCUUCACAGCUUACAUUGCAUCUGAUGCCUAUAAUUAUUGAAUACGCUGGAUGUAAUUUCCUUUGUGAUCCAUCAGCGUCAUCUUGUCCAUCAAAAAGUAUGUCAGAAUUAAUUCAAGUUUUCGAUAAACGAGCACAUUUACGCCUAUCUAUCAAUGUGGCUAUAGAAUGCUUGAAUCGGGCUAUCGCUUUCCAGCCUAAUAAUAUACGAUUAUGGCAUAAUCGGGGUAUAUUACUCCAAUUAGUGGGAUAUUCUGUGCCCGCGAAACAUUGUCUUCAAAAAGCUGUUAUGUUAUUGAAUAAACAAAAUCAGUUAUCAUAUCGUGAUAAUCCAAAUGAAUUGGCAUUUUUCAGUCUUGUAUUAUCUCAUUAUUUUCUUAUUACAUAUAUUUGGUGAGUGCAAUAUUUGUUGCUGUUAUUUUCAUCAGUUGAUUCGAAAUUUACUAAGUAUUUUGCUCUAUGUUUGUGUCUUUCUUAUGUAUACAUAACGAAAUUUCAAUCUAAACAAAGUGAUUAUUCAGUCACAGCUAAUAUCCAUCGUUAACUACCACAUUCAUUGACGUGUAAUGUAAAAGUCAGUCGUAAGAAAGCUAGAGGUGGUCGAAUUGAAGAGACACAACAUUAGUCCGUAUAGUCGUUGACUAUUAGUCUGAGUCAUGUUGUUAGUUGUAAAUUAUCUGAUUUGAGUGAUAAUCAUGAUCAUUAGUCGGAGAUGUUAGACGGACGGCAUAGUUCGAAAGUGAUCAUAACGAUAAAGAUGCACUCACUCUCCGUCUUACUCUAUGUACGCUAAGUGAUAGUAUUUCUUCAUACAUACCUUUACAUUGCUUUUUCUCGAACUUGAUUUUCACUGUCUAGUCCUUUUCAGUAUCUCAUUUCUAUUACAAUUAUUUACAUUCCCUUUUUAUUCAUCUGAUGUGUAUUGAUAAUUUGGUCUAUUGUACAUUUGUACUCAGACUCUAUGUUGAUUAUGAUUGAAAAUAAGGUCUUAGCAUUCCUACAAACUGAAAACCGAUUGAUCUAUUAAGAAAACUGGUGUAAUGUGAAAUACUUGUUUAGAAUACAGCAUAAAUAAAAUGUUUCAUAUUACUUACUAUCUUUCAAGAUAUAAAGUUCGAGAAUGAUAAUACAGGUCAAAAUAAAUAAAAAAGUUGUUCUAUGCUAACGAAGAAUAAAUGAAUGGUAACUGCUAGGGAUUAUCUAUAGAUUAUUAUUCAACCAUUUUUAUCGGAUAGUUAUUAAGUAACUAGAUUGUAUAUAUAUAUUCGUAUUCCUUUUAUCUUAAGCUUUCAUUUGACCUAUUGACUAUUAUUAUACGAUUUAAUAUUCUUAAGUUAUUCCCGAUUUAUUAGUUAUGGUAUUUUAUACUCACAACCACUUUUGACUCGAUUUUGUACAAACAUUAUUUUGCAUUUCAUGGUAUGUUGUGGUCUGGUCUAUUUGUACAUAAACUGAGUAUGUCUGAAAUACUUGGUUCAUACAGUGGAAGCUGAGAUUGUGUUCUGGACACAACGGGCAGAGCAAAGUAAGAGGAACUAAUAAGGACUGAGAGUUGACUUUAGAUUGUUCGUGUUGGUUAAUGCGUUAUUGGUUUAUCAAAGGUUUAAAGCCGUAUAUGUCGGUGUUCUGAUUGGCAAUUUAUUUAUGUGAUAUAUUGACAUGCCAUAAGAACAUAACCGAAAUAUUCAAUGUAAUCAAAUGUAAAUUGAAUUAUGAAAAUAAUUGAGGAAAUAGAAGAUAGAUACUUGUUUCAAUGAGAUUAUAGUUUAUGAACAACCUUUAAGCGAUGUUCAAGUUGAUCUUGAGAAAGUUCACCUGCUUACAAAGAUCAAAAGAUGGUUAUAAAUUAGUAUGAGGAAUUAGGAUUAAGAUUAGUGAUUAAAUUAAGGAUCUUUAUUACGAACUGACAUUCACUAUAAUGCCAAAAUGCUAUUGAACUAUAUGGAUAAAUUAAUUUCACACCAAAAUCCAAGACACUUGCUAUCUUUAAUCUUAUUGGUCCGUUCAUAAAUUUAUAAAAUCUCGCUCUUGUUUCUUUUCAACAUUCAAAGUUUACUUCUUUUAGAAAUCCAAAAGUUGAGCAUUAUGAAAGCAAAUAGUGACGUUUUAACAUUUAAGUAUAAUCGAAUUGGAAAUAAAACAUCAGUCUCCACCACAUAUUCUGAGUGAACCAGUCAGUUUAUAUAUUUAUUUAUUUAUCUCACAUUGUAGUAGUUUCCCUGAGUACUGCGUGUAAUAACACUUCUAUUUUACCAAUACAAAAAAAUGUUUGAGUAUUGAUAUAUAUAUAUAGUUUUGGGGGGUUUUAUUUUCAUUUUCUUGAGGGAGUUUUCAUAUUCUAAUCUAAUGAGUGUCUUUUUAAAAAGUUUGUCUCGUAAUUUUUCAUAUGUAAUUUUUUUUGAAAGAUUACCACAUUUUUAUGAUGUUUUUACUACUUAUUUCUUUUAAGUAGCUGAAAUUUAUUUACACUAACUUUCAUUUUUUUGUCGAUAAAACAACAAGUACGUUUCUAUGUUUUUAUUUUAUUUGAACACAUAAAUAUCGGUUAAAAGGGGUACCGAAUACAUUCACCUGAUUUAUGAGUGGGCUGUGUCACUACCCGAGUGUCCAGACCAAAGCAGGUGGUUUUCUAAGGGGGCCAUACCCGAAACCUUCGACCAAAAAGUCUGAUCCACAAGACAGUUGAGUAACUUAAGGAGAUGCAAUCCCAUGGUAGCUGGUGACCGAUAAUUGAUUCAUACACCAUUUUUUCCUUCAGGAUCCCGGAGCCCAUGUACACCACUGGUUUGAAAUCAGUGUUUUCCAAAUCCCCUAGUUGGAUCCUCCAUAUAGUUUUGAUUAUUGUUUGUAAUGUUGUGCACAUAUUACCAAUAAAUAUUGAUCAAAAUUCAAUGUUGAAUAUCAACACUGAGGUAAUUUAAACUUUUAUCAAAUAUGAUAGAAAUAUUACAUAUAGUAAACACAUUAGAGAUUAUUUAGACUUCAAUAUUUUAAGGAAUAACACGUUGCGGGUCGUUUCAAGCGAAAAGUACACGGUUCUCAAGUUUCAAUAUUAAACAUCAGUACACUGGAAUGUAGGUACAUUCGGUUGAUUGACUUUAUGUUAGGAUAAAACGCACAUUCUAGAUUCUAUUGUUUAGUCAUAAUCUGUCUAUUUUGUAGAAUUAAACAUACUUUUUGUUUAAUUUUAGUGGAUCACCUGAUUGGAAAAUUGCUGAUCAACUUCUUAAUUUAACUAAAAAUCCAAAUUCUACAUUUUGUCAUAGUUUAGCUGAGGCAUGCGCUAAAGGCAUCAUAUUUACAAUGCAUCCAGAUAAUCCACCACAAGAAAAUUUAUCACUAAUAUGUUUAACUGAAGAAAUUCAACGUCUUGUUAAUCAAGGAUCAUUAGUUACUAAAUCUGCAUUACAAUUUCAACCAAAUGCUGGUUUCUUAUUAUUAUUAGUUAUAAAAUUAAUCAAUUGUCCAUAUUUUGGUCCAAUACAAGAAAUUCAAAAAUUACACACUUAUUUAACCGGGAUUAUGAAACAGACCCAAUUAUCCAUAUCAUCAUCAUUAUUAUCGUCUUCUUGUUCAGCAACUGAUCAAUAUUAUAAUAUU